CCAUGGACAAAUUCUCAGCUUUCGGAAAGAACUUCUCCGCCUCGUUCACGCCCUUCGCCGCGCGCACCCAGCAAUAUGUCAAGGAACAGCUGGGCCAGGCCGACGACAAGACCCAGCUUCCUCCAGACUAUAUCGAGCUUGAGAAGCGCGUCGAUGCCUUGAAGCAGGUUCACCAGAAGAUGCUCCAAGUCACCUCGCAAUACACCAACGAAGCCUACGACUACCCCAGCAACCUGCGCGAGUCCUUCAACGACCUUGGCCGCACUGUUUCCGAGAAGGUCCAGCUUCUUUCCUCUGCGACCUCUCCCGCUGAGGCCCAGGCCGCCCUGACUGCUCCUCCCUCCGCGAAGCCCCAGCCCAAGACCUUCAGCCAUGCUAUUGCCCGUUCUGCGCUCAACAGCUCCACAAUCCUGACGCAGGACCUUGGUAGCGCUGGCGAGGAUCCUCUGGCCACGGCCCUUGAAAAGUAUGCCCUUUCGCAAGAAAAGAUUGGCGAGGCUCGCCUGUCGCAGGAUGCGCAGAUCCAGAGCCGUUUCCUUGCGGGCUGGAGCACAACAUUGAACACCAAUCUCAUGUUUGCGAGCCGUGCUCGCAAGGCUGUUGAGAACUCCCGCCUGAGCCUAGAUGCCACCAAAGCCAAGGCUAGAAGUGGCGGUGCCUUCAGCCUUCCUGGUGCACCUGGCCGUAGGGAGCACGACGAUGAGCACAUCAGCGAGGAAGCCAGGGCGGAGAUUGAGCAGGCCGAGGACGAAUUUGUCGGCCAGACCGAGGAAGCCGUUGGGGUGAUGAAAAAUGUUCUCGACACCCCAGAGCCAUUGCGUAACCUUGCAGACCUAAUUGCUGCUCAACUUGAGUACCACAAGAAGGCUUACGAGAUUCUGAGUGAACUGGCGCCUGUCGUUGACCAGUUACAAGUGGAGCAGGAGGCGAGCUACCGCAAGAGCCGCGAGGGCGCCUGAACAGAAGUCCAUCAUUCUCCGGCUCUCUCAAAAUACCCUGGUUGUUGACGAAGGUCGUCGUGGUGUACUCGGGCUACCCAAAUAUGCCUUGUUUCGCGGCUGAGUUCUGGUUUUGUUGAAGGAUAUUGAUCAGGCAUCUAUGUCUUCCGCUAUGCGGUCGCCAGCAGCGCUCACGGCUGGUCGCAAGUGUUUUGCAUAUCCUCUUUUCUUGUUCGUUUGGGGCUUUCUAAAAUCGGGCUUUGGGUCUUUCACACGAAUCACUCGCCUGCCGACUUGUCGCCCAUCGUCCAGUGAAACUAUGAACGUGCAAGUUCCAGUGAUUGUAUUCGAUAUUCUUCACUGGUGCACUUGCUACCUCCUGGCGUGGCUAUCCCACGAAAG